AUUCUCAAGAAGAAAAUGAAAUUGACUGAGAUCGAUCUGCAAAGACUUGGUGAAGGAAUCAUAGAAAUCGUCUAAACUUGUGCAAUUGGAAACCAAUUCAAAGAAGACAGAGUUACAGAACACAGCAGAAGCACUGAAAAUAUGCUAUCCAAACUCUUGUACUUUUUGCUUCCAUGUUUGAGAAAGGAAGAAAAAUAUGCUUUGGAUAAUGGAAGAAAAUUAUUAGAGGAUCUUAUUGCCUCUUGUGAUGGAAAAUCUAAUCCCAUUCACCAUUACUCUGCUGAUGAACUCAUCAGGGCAACCAAUAAUUUCCAUCCAUCUUGCCUUAUACAAGAGUUUCGUCCACACGCAUUUAGGGGUGUUCUGGACAACCGAUCGGUUAUCAUUAAGACCAUGGAGGCAGCAGAUGAAGCUAGGGAUGAAGCUAUUCGUAACAUCGUUAUUUCAGUACAGAUGAGCACUCAUAAGAAUGUUUUGAAGUUGUUAGGUUGCUGCUUAGAGUUCCCAUUACCAGUUCUGGUGCAUGAAUAUGCAACACUAGGAGUUCUUAACAAGAAAGGAGGAUUGAGGGAUGAUGUAGCUGUGCCAUGGAAAACUAGAAUACGAAUCGCAAAGCAGGUUGCUAAUGCUAUUACAUAUCUCCAUACAGCCUUCCCUAGACCCAUCAUUCAUAGGGAUCUAAGGCCUGAUUGUAUUCUCUUGGACGAGGAGUUUGUUCCCAAAUUAUGUGACUUCUCAUACUCCAUAACGAUUCCUCCUAAGCAAUCACAUGUCAAAGAUAUAGUGAAAGGCACAGUAGGGUAUCUUGACCCUGUGUAUGUCAAGUCUGCUAACAUCUCAGAAAAAACUGAUGUUUAUAGCUUUGGUGUCAUUUUACUUGUUUUCUUGACGGGACAAAAACCCUUCAAAGAAAAUCAGAGAGGAUACUUUGAAUAUGAAGACUUCAUUCCAUACUUGAAAUUACAAUUAGCAUGUGAGGGCCAAAUCAAGACAAUUGUGGAUCCCAAAAUCCUUGAGGAGCUAGGAGAAGGUGAUGAGGAAGCACAACAGCAGUUGCAUGAUUUCUUAUCACUGGCAUUGUCAUGUACCAACCUGGAAAGUGAAGCAAGGCCGGAUAUGAUCAAUGUGGCAAAAGAACUGGUACAAAUUGAGAAUUCUAUUAUGCCAUCCUAGCUUGCUUUAAUGCUUUAUCCAUUACAUUUCUCUUAUCAGUCGG